CACAGAUGUACUGUGACAUCUCAAGAUUGAAUGAAUGUCUUCGUCUUUAUCUUCUUUUGUUCAUUUCCGUUUCUUGUGGGUUUUUGUAGUGGUCACCUUUUAUGCAACUCUAGGAGAAGAGGCAGUGGCUUUCGGAUUGAAUGAGUGUGGAGUUACACACCUGGUCACCAGCGUGGAACUGCUGGAAACCAAACUGAAGGGCGUUCUUCCUCAAAUCCCCAGUCUGAGGCACAUCAUCUAUGUGGACAGGAAGAGCAUCAGCUCAGCAGGAUAUCCACAGGGUAUCCAGAUCCACAGCAUGCACUCUGUGCAAGAGCUGGGAGCCAAGCCAGAAAACUUGAGCCGACCCAUAGUGAAGCCCAUCUCGUCAGACCUCGCAGUUAUUAUGUACACCAGCGGCUCCACCGGUAGACCUAAAGGGGUGAUGAUCAUUCACAGUAACCUGAUCGGGGGUAUGGCAGGCCAGUGCGAGAGGAUACCUGGAUUAGGAUCAAAGGAUACAUAUAUUGCCUAUCUGCCUCUUGCUCAUGUGCUGGAAAUGACGGCUGAGAUCUCAUGUGUGACGUACGGCUGCAGGAUCGGCUAUUCCUCACCACAAACACUGUCUGAUCAGUCAACCAAAAUUAAGAGGGGAAGUAAAGGUGACUGCACCGUGCUGAAACCUUCUCUAAUGGCUGCCGUACCUGAAAUAAUGGACCGGAUCAAUAAGAACGUCAUGAGUAAAGUGCAGGAGAUGAACUGCGUGCAGAGAACCCUGUUCAAACUGGCCUACGGCUACAAGCUCAAUCAGAUCAAGAAGGGUUAUGAUGCGCCCCUGUGCAAUAUUUUGUUUAAGAAAGUCAGAGCUCUGCUGGGUGGAAACGUGCGGAUGAUGCUGUCCGGAGGAGCCCCUCUGUCUCCCGCCACUCAGCGCUUCAUGAACAUCUGCUUCUGCUGUCCUGUUGGUCAGGGAUACGGUCUUACUGAGACCUGUGGAGCGGGAACUAUAACCGAGGUUGCUGACUAUAGCACAGGACGAGUAGGAGCUCCUCUGAUCUGCUGUGAGAUCAAACUCAAAGACUGGGCAGAAGGUGGCUAUACGAAGCAUGACAAGCCCCAUCCACGCGGUGAGAUCCUCAUCGGAGGUCCUAAUGUGACCAUGGGCUACUACAGGAGUGAAGGCUGUAUCAAUGAGGACUUCUUUGUGGAUGAGAACGGCCAGCAGUGGUUCUGCACUGGUGAUAUUGGAGAGAUGCACCCUGACGGCUGUCUUCAGAUUGUCGAUCGCAAGAAGGACCUUGUGAAACUUCAAGCUGGGGAGUACGUCUCUUUAGGCAAAGUUGAGUCAGCUCUGAAGAACUGCUCUCUCAUUGACAACAUCUGCGCUUAUGCAAACAGUGACCAGAACUACGUUAUCAGCUUCAUUGUUCCUAAUCAGAAGAAGCUGACAGCUCUUGCCAGUCAGAAGGGCAUUGAAGGCACGUGGGAAGAGAUUUGCAACCAGCCGAUUAUGGAAAGGGAAGUUCUGAGAGAAAUUAAAGAAGUUGCAACUUCAAUUAAACUCCAGCGCUUUGAAAUACCAGUUAUGAUCCAUCUGAGUCCGGAGCCUUGGACCCCUGAAACGGGCCUGGUGACGGACGCAUUCAAACUGAAGAGGAAGGAACUGAAGAACCACUAUCUCAACGACAUCGAAAGAAUGUAUGGCCACAAGUAGGACCUCUAUCACAGCCAAAGACAUCUUCAUCAGCUCCUCACCGUGCAACAUUACUGUUUAUCAAUAAAUGUUCAAUACGUUUUGCCACAAAUACUUCACCACUGCCCAUUGCUUAGUGAUGUGCACAAAUGUUCAAAGACGAACAAUGUUGAUAAGCCGUUGGUCUGUGUAUUUUUAUUCCUGAGCUUUGUGGGCUUUUCAUUCAGAGCUCUGUAGUCUCUCUGCUGUGAAAUAGUUUACAAGUCGUAGCUGAUUAACUUGAGAACUGUUGGGUAAAGGACAAUAUGUAUCUUAUCCACCAUUAAGUAUCCACUAAUUUCUAAUGUUAGUAUACAAAAGCGUUACACUGCCAUCACAUUGUGCUUUCAUGUGUGAAUGCUUCUUUGUAAAAUUGUUCACUUGUUUGGUUUAAUAGAAUUUGAAAACACAAAAACCGCUAGCUGAGGCGAAGUCAUUGCACCGCAGAACUCCGCCUCCUUGUAGAAAUGAGUAAUAUACAGUGAUGUUUCUGUGCCUUCUGAUUGGUUACUAUUUAUACGUCGAUUCCCUAUUGGCUGAAAAUUAGAAUUCAAUUCCCGUGCUUCAUUCAUGUUAGUGUCUUUAUAACGGUUACAAACCAUGUUCUUUAAUUUACUUGAGAUUUUUAAUUUUUUUUGGUUGUGUAAAUUUGUCACUGAAUUACGAUGUUUUGAGUACUAAUUGACACGUAUAGUAGUAAAUACGUGUUCAUGGAUUGACUAGAGACAGGUUGAGAUGACAAGCAAGUGGUUGAUUGCUCAUUUGUCCUGUUCGUUUGACUGAACUUAAAUGAAGGGAACAUUUUUAGGAAGUUUUUCCCUCUUAAGCAAGAGGUAAAGUUUAUAGUUCAUCUGUAUCAUCUUUUCAUGUCUGAUUUUUCUCAAACCACUCAUUUUACUGUAGUGUCUGAUGGUCACAAGCUCUCUUGUCUGUCACAAAUUCCACUUCUGCAGGCUUUUAGUAUAUUUGGUAAUAUGUCAAUGUCCUCAAUAUUUAAUAUAUAUAAAGCUGAAAAGUAAAAAAGACACUUUUUGGAAAUUCAAACCCAGAAUAUUAAGGUUGAGAAACCCUUGUUCGUGUAGUAUUCUGUAUUUUAAUUUAUUUGGUCAAAACUGUACCUUUUUAUUUUAACCCGUGUUUAAUUGUUUUCGUUUUUAAAGUGUGAUCUGUACAGGCACUGUAAUUUGUUCGCUUUCGAGUUAUUCUAGAAAGUGUAUUUUAUUUAUAAUUAUUUAGUCAUUUGCACUAUGCGUUUUGUCAGGGAUUUUUAGCCAUUGUUAAACAAACCGCCAUUAAGCCAUCAAAUUCAGCAGUUAUUUCCCCCACAACCCUCAGGUUUCCACAAGCAAGACUAUACAGCAGUCAAGUGUUUGCAUUGAGAAAUUGUGAAUUUGCUUGUAGAAUGUUCUAUGAUGCUUAUUUAUUUUUGUGGUUCACCGUAUGUAAUAUUUGCUGAGAACAAGUAAAAUCGUUUUCUACUCAAA